AUGAGCUUUCCUGUCAUGUUCCCCAAUGUUUUUUCUCACUAUAGAUUAAUACCCAAGAAUUACCAGCACUUCAAGACCUUGGUAUUUGCAGUUACGGAGGCCAACAAGGAUUUAGUUCUCCUCCCCAACAUCACAUUUGGCUUUCACAUCUAUGACAAUUGCCAGGUUGAGAUGAGAGUUUCCUUAUUCAGCCUCUCCCUGCUCUCCACAAGAGGCCAAACGGUUCCAGGUUAUAAAUGUGACCGGCAGGACCCUCUGCUCUCUGUCAUCGGAGGUCUCAACCUCAAAUCCUCAAGGCUGAUGGCCUCCAUCUUCAGCAUCUUCAAAGUCCCACAGCUCGGUGUUGGCUUUGAGUUCUCACAGGGAGACAGAAGAGUUUAUCCAUCCUUCUUCCGGAUUAAUCCCAAGGAAUUCCAUCAAUAUGUGGGUUUAGUCCAGCUGCUCCUGCAUUUCCAGUGGAACUGGGUUGGACUUAUGGUUUCUGAAAGUGAGUAUGGAGAACAUUUCAUCUCAUCUCUGGUGCCAAUGCUCAAGGAGAAGGAGAUCUGCCUGGCCUUCACUGAAAUGCUCAAAUCUGAGGAAAUGAUUACUAUAACCAACAAUUUCAUUCGUAUUUUCAAAAGUUGGUUUAAAGUUGAAGUGAUUAUUCUGUUUGGAGAUUCCAACAGUAUUGAAAAUGUUCCAGUGGCUUUGAGUUUUUAUCAAGAAUUUCAAAAGAUAACAUUUCAAAAAGUUUGGAUCUUAACUUCCCUUUGGAAACUUAGUGAGAUGGAAUAUGAAGAGACAUUGAAAAUUGUAAAGCCCCUCCAUGGAGCUUUGCAUAUUAGGGACCACAACAGUGAUUUCUCAGAAUUCGCCCGUUUCCUUCUGAUGUUAGAUCCUUUGAACCCACAAGGGGAUAUUUUUCUGCCACUGUGGUGGGGAAAGGUAUUUGAUUGUGCAGUCCAGAAACCAGGAAAGAUCCCUCAAAAGGGGAAAAAAACAUGCACAGGAAAGGAAAAAUUGCAAAAUGUAGCCUCUUACGUCUUCGAAACAGCCAUGACGGGUGAAAGUUACAAUAUCUACAAUGCCAUUUUUGCUCUGGCACAUGCAUUACAUGCAAUGCAUGGAUCAGGAACACGACCAGUCAUGAUGAGGCUUGGAAAGAGGAUCUCCAGAAUCUAUUCAUGGCAGCUCCUUCCCUAUUUGAGGAAAGUCCACUUCAACAAUAGUGCUGGAGAUGAAAUAUCGUUCUCAGAAAAUGGACUGGGAUCUGCUCGUUAUGAGAUUCUCAACUGGCGUCUGCUCCCCAAUUAUUCUUUUGUCCCUGUGAAAAUUGGUCAAAUACAUCCCAGAGCUUCCCCAGGCCAGGAUUUCACUAUCAACGGCAAUUCAAUCAUCUGGGCCACAAAGAAGGUGCCCUCUGCCAGGUGUGGCACGAAGAGGUGCCAGGCAGGAGAGAGGAGACGUGUUCCAGAGGGCAAGCCAGUUUGCUGCUACCAAUGUGCCCCUUGUCCAGAAGGGACCAUUUCAAAUAAGACAGAUGCAGCUCGCUGUGACCCCUGCCCAGAAGACCAAUAUCCCAACAAGGACCAGGACCACUGCAUUGCCAAGAAGAUCCACUUCCUUUCCUAUCAAGACCCCCUGGGAUAUGCUUUAAUUUUUCUUACUCUUUUUCUCUGUGUGAUCACAUCUGCAGUCCUGGUAAUUUUCCUUAAGCAUCGUGACACACCAAUUGUCAAGGCCAACAACCGAGAUCUCACCUACAUUCUCCUGGUUUCUCUCCUGCUCUGCUUCUUCUGCUCCUUCCUCUUCAUUGGUCAACCCGGGAACCUCAACUGUCUCUUCCAACAAACUGCCUUUGCCAUUCUCUUUUCCCUUGCAGUUUCCUCUGUUUUGGCAAAAACUGUCACAGUUGUUCUGGCCUUCAUGGCCACCAAGCCAGGAAACAGAACAAGGAAAUUCUUGGGAAAACCAUUGACCAACUCCAUUGUUAUCACCUGUCCCCUGGUCCAAGCAGUUCUUUGUAUCACCUGGCUGGUGAUCUCUCCCCCAUUUCCCAACUUGGACUUCUGCUCCUUGUUUGGAGAGAUCAUCUUGGAAUGUAAGGAAGGCUCAGCUUUAAUGUUUUAUGUUGUCCUCACCUACCUUGGUUUCCUGGCCCUUGUCAGUUUCACAGUGGCCUUUCUGGCUAGGAAAUUGCCUGACAGUUUUAACGAAGCCAAAUUCAUUACUUUUAGCAUGAUAGUCUUUUGCAGUGUUUGGAUCACCUUCCUCCCCACUUAUCUGAGCACCAAAGGGAAGUCCAUGGUGGCCGUGGAGAUCUUCUCCAUCUUGGCCUCUGGGGUUGGUCUCUUGGCUUGUAUCUUUUUUCCAAAAUGCUACAUUAUCCUAUUGAGGCCACAUCUGAACUGUAGAGAGAAUAUAAUGAGGCACAAGAACUUCUCACUCAUGCAGUAA